UGAUCAUCAGCUCACUACUGGUCGCGCGACUCAUGUCUUGUACCAACACACACGAUUCGGCAACAUAAGAGCUUUACCUAAUCCCACCACUCGACAAGAUGAGCGCGAGGACGUUAACGAACGUCGUGAACGAUCAGACGGUUGCGCUUAACGCACUGAUUUACGGAUACGCGGGGCACAGCCUGGUCACCCCGCAACACGCCCUCCAGCAGAUAUGGUGGACCGAAGAGCGAAUCAACGAGAAAGUCAAUCAUGAAUAUGUGACCUCGAGGUUGCAGCCAAAAGAAAGGGAACGUCUCACCCAGCCUGUAGGCUUCGGCGACUUGAGCGACGAUACCUACAUCGAAUGGAUACUGGAGAAGGCGCGACGACUAUUUCUGAUAUUGGUAGAAAUUGGCGAAGCGGAUCGAAUUUUCGCUGUCGUCGAUAGAUCGUGGGACGACGAUGAUCUACCUCUCGAAAUGGACGACAUCGAACAGCUUUCGCUCUCAAACCGACGCGAUAAUCACGCCAAUGCUCGCUUCUAUCACACCCAGUUCACGUUCUUAUUGAGAGAACUACGAGAAGGCAUACACAUAGAUUAUGCGCCUAAUGAGGAGAUUCCAGUCGAAAAUGUCAUGUCGCUACCUGUGGCAGUAAGCUUGCAAGCUUGGUCGCGCAUGCAUCUCCCGAAAAAGCCCAAGGACAUCUUCGUUCGUAGAAGAUUUGCGCUAGGUGAUGCAGAGACGCCAGACGCUUUUGAACAGGAUUUCAUGAUGGACGUUGAGAGCGCUAGAAUGGUCGAGCAUGAGCACUUUGCGCCAAUCUGGGCCUCGUAUACCGCUAAAGGGGUUGGCUACAUUGUCACCAACUUCGUAGGCCACCAUACACUUCGCACAUUCAUCGACCACCGUAAUCCCACCCAAUACCAAAAACUACCGAAGCCCGAUCGGAGAUGGCUAGUGCUCAAUUGGAUGCAUUGUCUGGCGGAUGCCAUUGCGACACUGCAUCAGAACGGGUUCUGCCACUCUGCUAUUCGACCUUCCAACAUCCUUGUUGACGAACAAAACGCUAUAGCCUUCAGCGACAUCGGUAGUCUAGAAACGUUCCAAAAGGAUAAAAAGCCCGAUGCCAUGGAUGCCUACAUAUACAGCGCGCCGGAGGCAAACAACAGCGCAGGGCCGUUCGACCCAAAUGGACCUGCACCGUCACCCGUCGUCCCGAGUACUCGACAUGCAUCAAUAAUGAGCAAGAGCUCGUCUGGAUCCUCGAGUAGUAGUGGCUCACAACGUCAGAAGCUUACCAAGGCUCCUACAACCGAUUUCUCUGGAUUUAACUUCGGAUUCAAGAAGUCAAAACAGAAGCCAGUGCCAAAGAAACGAUCGCGAGUCCACGAAUCCGAGACGGCAGAUAUAUUCUCCCUUGGUUGCGUGUUCUUGGAGAUCAUUACGUUCAUGCUCAAGAAGAAACCGCAUGAUUUCGUAAAGCACCGCACAUCGAAACAAAGGACCAACACUGGCGGCAAGAAUUCCCGGACGGACUCAUCGUAUCAUGUCAAUCUUGACAAGGUCGAGACUUGGAUAAAUCUGCUAGAAAAGGCCUCGUUCGAGCAUGACGAUGACGCAUUUCGUGCAGUACCUCACAUCUUGCAGAUCAUCCGAAGCAUGCUUAGCAGAGCGCCCACAGUACGUCCUGCUGCGCGCGACGUUCGCGACAAGAUAUUUGAUAUUCUUUUCAACUAUACGUCUAUUCCUGAUAUACACUGUGGUGCCCACAAGCAUGAUGUUGGCAUUGCAACGUCUUCGUACUCCGGUUCGGACAGGGCAUCGCUAAUGACGAUGUCGACAAUGAGUUCUAUGAGCUCGAGUACCUCGGACACGGAUACGAUCCGCUCAAGCACGACCCGGGUGAGCUCGAUACUGAACUCUUAUUCCGACCGAACUACCUUACAUGGUAUUGAGGAAGACGACAGCUCUUCGAUAAAGACGUUAGAGCCCAUAAUCGCCCCUGGCCACGUUGGCAAAUCUUAUGAGUCGCCUAGAGAAGCGCCCAUGCCUCCAGGCUCUCCCACUUCGCCUAUAUCGCCACGUUCCCCUACAUCUCCAUCGUUUGCCCGCCCUUCUAGCCCCCUGAGGCCGACUUCAUCAAGGGGAAAGUCGUGGUCUAAGCCGUUUAUGCUGUUACCGUGAGGCUUGAAAGAAGUCUGGCCUCAGCAUAAGGCUCAAGAAGGCAUCCCUUUCAAUACUCGGUUGCAUGAUCGGUAGCUUGAGAUAGCUAGGCACCCUACGUACUUUGCGAGAUUGUGGGGUUUUACACAUCGGCAAGCCUGGGCUGCACGUGGCAGUACUCACCCCAGGACCGCAAGGUGACCCAAACAGCAGGAUCAAGAAGGCAAUCGUCGAAGAAAACAAUGCUGUUGUGCGAAGGAGGGGUAUGCACGUGGAUCGUGGCUGCUGAAAACACAAGGCUUUGGUGAGCUAUGAUGCAGGGAUUGUCGUACUUCCGCGG